AUGGACGCGUCGGAGCUGUUUUCCAUUUCCUCGAGGCAGCCUGCGCGAAUGCCUCCAGAUAUCAAAGAACUGCCUCCCAUUACUCGAGGCCGAAGCAGCAACUUCCCUAACCGAGUUGGUAGCCCGUCAAUAAGCCCACAUCAAUCUCGGCGCAAAUCAGCUGGCUGCUCCAUGCGAACAGUGAAGGAGGAGCGACAGCAGGAAGAUGCCAUGCCCAGAGAGGAAGGAAUCACAUGCAGGACCAGCCUGGACUCAGAUAAGGACACAGCCGACGGCCACAGGGAGGAUUCGAGGCAAACUCGUCCAUCUUCAUCCGCUCGGCACCGCACCUGUCGAAACGAUCUACAGGCGCCGCACAGUGGAAGUAGUAGCAGACGCUCAAGCUGCAAUGCGUACGUCCUUACCACCAGUGCCCGAUCGUGUGGCCCGUUGCCCACAUGGGACGAAUUCUUCGAGAGAUGCGAGGAUAUUAGGCCGUCAGACAGCAGUGACACCUUCCGUGUGUAUUCUAGUGGCUCCUCCGGGCCGCUUCUCUUCCUGCUGCACGGAGCCGGGCAUACGGCGUUGAGCUGGGCAUGUUUCACGCGUCUUUUACGGGAUGGGUCGCUGCCACUGCGCGUAUUUGCUUAUGAUGCAAGAGGUCACGGUGCAACUACGUGCGCCGACAGUAAGACUUUGUCCGCCGAAGUCUUAACAGAAGACGGCAUUGCAAUCGUGCAGUACCUUUUCAACCGUAUGGUGAGCGAAGAACUGUCGCCAAGCGACACCCGACAGGACGAAUCGACACAGGAGGACAAGGGGAUGUGUGAAACGGCCGACGGCGACUCCAAAUCACACCGAGACCGAGAUUCACUCCCAUCUGUAAUUCUUGUGGGCCAUAGCAUGGGUGGAGCGAUCGCCACAAGGAUGGCGGCAUCGGGGCGUGUUCCGCAGCUGCAUGGUUUGAUGGUGUUGGAUGUAGUUGAAGCCUUGCCACAAAUGGCCGCUUUCGUCAGUCGGUUUCCCAGCCUAUUCACUAGUUGUAAAGAGGCCGUGAAUUGGAGCAUUUUUGCUGGACUCUUGUGCAACAAGAGUAGCGCUGCAAUUUCAAUUCCUUCGCAGCUAGUGAAGACCACUCGGGGGGCACUCCCCGCUAGCCAUAAAGGUGCAGAGAAGGGGCCGCCUGACGAAGAAGGGAAGUUUCAAGUGCAGAUUGUGAGCGGCUCGGGGCAUGUAAUUGAAGAGGAUCAGCCUGCCGAGCUCUGCCGGGUUGUCCAGACGUUUAUCACCCGUUAUCGACUUCACCUACCUCCGAGUCAGCGCGCAGGAUUGGUGCGGGGCUGA